AUGAGUGGGGUCUUAGACGGGACCACAUGCUCUAGUGGAAGACAGCCUGUGGCUCUGACAUGUGGUCAUUCCUGUUCUAGAAAGAUGAAUACUUCCAAAUGCCUGCCUGAGGAGGUAGAGUGUCUCUGUCAGUUGACCAUAGCUGUUCUGUCUGUGUCCUUUGUCAUUGGUGUACUGGGCAAUGGGCUGGUGCUGUGGAUGACUAUCUUUCGUAUGGCCCACACUGUUACCACCACCUGGUUCUUCAACUUAGCCCUUGCUGACUUCACUGUCUUGCUGGCCCUGCCCAUCUCCAUAUACAACAUGGCCUCCCAGCAGUGGCUCCUUAACGAGUUGACCUGCAAACUCUACAUGGCUUUUCUAGCCAUUGCCUUCUUUACCAGCAUCAACCUUUUAGUCCUCAUCUCUGUGGACCAUUGCAUCAUCAUCCUCUACCCUUUCUGGGCCUGAAACCAUCACACUGUGCAGAGAGCAGGCUGGCUGACCGUUGGUGUGUGCCUCCUGGCUGCUGUCACGUGCUCUCCAUACCUGAAAUUUCGAACACGAAAAUUGAAUGGAUGUGACUAUUGCUACUUCGAUUUCAACUUAGAGAAUGAGACUGCCCAGAAUUGGAGUUGAGCGGCUUUGAAGAGACAAAUGAUGGUAACACUCACCCACUUCCUGCUAGGCUUUGUGGGGCCCUUGGCAAUCAUUGGCACUUGUGCCCACCUCAUCUGGGCCAAGCUGUGGUGAGAGGGUUGGGUCCAUGCCAGCCAGCCAAAGAGGUUGCUAUUGGUGUUGGUGAGUGCUUUCUUCAUCUUCUGGUUUCCCUUUAACAUGGCGCUCUUGGUCCAACUGGGGCAAUCUAUGGUGUGAAAGGAAUCCCACAACCCCAGAACACUGCUUAUCCUCUGGGCUACCUUCUCCUUGGGCUGCCUCAACCCCUUCCUCUACAUCUUCAUUGGCAGAGAUUUCCGAGAAAAGGUUUUUCAGUCCUUGCCUUCUGCCCCAGCCAGGGCAUUCAGUGAGGAGGGGUUUCUCAGUCUUCCUGUCCCUGAAAUUAAGACCCUGGAGGAUGAUGGAAACCUUCAGGUGGAAGCUGGAAGUCUUCCAUCUUAG